AUGAUUCGACCUCGCACUGGCCUCCUGGGCAAAGCGUCCGUCAAGCCAUACAGGAUGAUGCGAGACGAGAUGGCCAAACAAGAACGCUCUCUGUACUUCCGCCUGCCCAGAGACGCAGAGGCCAGCACAUUCGACUUGGCUCGUUCAGUCAAUCCCAAUCGCUCACCACCACAAGUGACCAUUGAAGACUACCUCGCAAGCACCAAAAGGCCCGACGAAUCUCCAAACCUGCCAGUACUCUUCUCAGAGAAAGCCCCUUGCACAAACACAGUGCGGGUCACCAAAGACCAGCACCGCAUCUUCUCCGAAAAACUAGACCAAUCUCAAAGCUGGCUAUUCCGUCAGGUGGGUCACAGAUUGUGUGGUGUAGAUUUCAUUCAUCGCUCCGAAAUACGCGACGGCAACCCUAAGUAUCACAGUUCCUGGGCAGCAGAGUACAUCACUCGCACAACCGUCGUGGUGAUCGUCCAGCCUGGAACAAAGCAUCAGCAUUGGGAGACGUUUGGCGCCGAGAUUAGGAGGAUUUUUGAGAAUGUGGAUGAUAAAUUCAAGGAAAAGUGGGAGUUUGCGGGUGUUGUUUUUGAGACUUCGUCAAGGUAG